AAAUUUAUGUUUUAGUGCUUGAUUAAUAAUAUUAUUCAAUUGUGUGUAGUAGUUUAAGACGAGUAUGGUUCGCGCAGUUGUCGUAACUGACUCGGAACUAGUGCGAAUCGGCGCGUUGUAUGUGAGGAAUAUGUAAAUUAGUUUACCGUUGUAGCACUGCAGCCAGUGCUGACAUUUUUGGCUUGCCAAACAGCGCGAAAAGGCAAUAUUAGUGAGAUAUAAAAUAUGCUAUUGUUCGAGAACAAAGUCAAACAACAAACAUGGAUCUGCAGGAAUUUUUAUCGCUGGAACGCAAGCAGCUGGAAAAAGACCGCCAGCGGCUUAACGCAGCACUGGAAAAUAAAAGCAAUGCUCAAGGAACUUGUCCUGCUGCCUUAUUAAUGCAAAUGGAGGAUUUUGUGCCCGGGCAAUGUCAGCGCACGGCGGCCAACACAAGCAGCGAGUGCAAUGAACCCGCAAUAGCCUCGUCCCCAACCUUAGCAACCGCAAGCCCAAACUCUGAGCUGCCUCUGCCACUGGAGCUGAGUGUGGAGCUGGCUGCAGAGCAAGAGGAGCGUGGGGCAGAUGAGAUUGCGAGCACAUCGCUGCUAAAAUCGGCCAAGGAAUUUGUGAAUCAGCGCGAAUUGCUCAUUGGAAGUGCGCGACAAUAUAAAUCGCCAAAUGCGUCGUAUCGCAAUUUGGAAAGCGAACGUCGGCCGCAAAGCGAGAAUCGUUUGCCAAUUGAGAAGCACAAAAAGGCGGAUGAUAUGGAGCAAUGGGUUACGGACACAUUUUAUUCAUAUUUUCCCGGCUUUAACAAUGAAAAUCAGAAACGUCAAAAUUAUUUGCGUGAGCGCCAGCGCGAGAAUCAGCAGAACUUUCUCAAGCACCAGAUGCUGCAUCCGCCUGUGGCAAAGCAGCGACGUCACCUAAAGCCAUCACCAGCGGCAGCGGCAGCGCCGCAGCCGCCAGCAGCAGAGGAGCUGCAAACGGCGCGCUCGAGCCAAUCGAGCACGAGCACAUCCAAUAGCCGAACGGAUAAGACUGACCUAGAGUUAAUUGUAAAUAGUAAUCCCAACUACGUGCCGCCCAAAAUACGACCGAACACCACACGCCAUCAGCUGCUGCAAGAUCUGGGUCACGUCGAGCUCUCCAAUAUAGUCACCGGCGAUGGCAUCAUGGAACGUAAUAUGCGCAGUGCCGAACUGGAAACGGCACGCAAAAAGGACUAUCAGCGGGACUUGAUGCAACAGAUUGAGGAGAAGCGACGCUCCAUAGAAUUAAUACGCGACAAGGAGCGCCGACAGGAUGAGGCCCUGACCAGGCGGUUAGAGGCACAGCUCAAGACGAUGCAUCUCGAGGAGCAACUGGAGAAAGAGCGACGACGCGCCGAAAAGGCACGCAUUCAAUCGGAACAAAAUCGUCUGAUGCGCGAAGAGCUUCUGGCCAAGCUGGAGCAGGAUGCGCAGCUGUUGAAAGCCAAGGAGCAGCACAACAAUCUAGCAGCAGCGCAGAGUAGAACUAAAUCCAAGGAUAUCAAUGGCAACCCAAACAGCAACAACAACAACAAUAGCAACAUCAACAACAACACUACAAAUACCAACAAGGUUUACAAAUACUUUAGCAAUUCGGCUCGGCACGAAUAUAGACGCGGACAGCCCUUGCCGUCUGGCGUUGAGCUGGAUUUCGAGCUGCCCCAACUAGGAAAGAUCGAACGAGAGUGCUUCCAUUUGAGCGAGAAGAUUUGUCCGCUGUGCGAUGAGCCGCUAAAGAACUACGAGAGCUGCUGUCUGCGCUGCCAGCGCAAAUUGGCACUGAAAAUGAAGCAGCAGAGCAGCGAAGAAACGGCUGACUCUACUAGUGGUGGUGCUGCUGCUGCUGAUAGCGAGAUGGAGCCAGCGGAUGCAGUGGAUCACAAUUGCCAGAAUAGUUAUGCACUGGUCUGUCUGAAAUGCGAACGCCUCUAUGCCCUGUGCAGCCAGUGUCUGGAGAAGAGAGAUGUGUGUCGCGCCUGCCAGCGGGAGCGUAAUGUGUGCAUGAGCUGUCGUCGAAAUCUGUGCUCUUCUUGCCUGGAAGAGAUUGCCUGUGGCCGAGAUACGGAACGCACACACAUCAACGAGCAGGCGGAACGAGAUCAACCGCAAUCGGACGAUGCUUUCCGUGUGCUUGAAUUAAAUUAUGCUGCCGAAACGACUGCCCCUAAUCAGGCUGAUAACUCGCCGCCGCCUUACUCCUUCAAUAUACCACCCAGUUCGGUGUUCCAUACGGCGUUCAAGGCCACGCCAGUGAAGCCAUCGCUACUGGUGGAUCAAUUGCCCACCGUGUCUGGCAGCGCGAACAACAGUUUCGAGCUGGACAGUGCCGAUGAGCAGGCCAUGGAGCGUGUGCGUCGCCAAACGGAUCAGCGGCUGUCGCGUUAUCUCAAAAACUACGGCGAUCUGGCUUCCAAGCAGCAGCAGCAGCUGCGCAGUAAAAGUGAAUCACGGCAUCGCGGCACACAGACAACUCCUCAAUCCCUGAGCAGGCGCGAUGUGGUGCUGAACGAGACGCCUACACCGAAUUUAUCCAUGCCGCUGCUGCGCGAAAUGCCUAAGAUGACGCGCAAGGAGACGGCUGCAACGCCCGCCGAGACUCGACAUCGUAAAAUGGAUAAUCUCAAGAAGCGCUGGGAGGUGCCCGCUGUCCAAAAGUUUAUGGUGUCCACAUCGUCACCCAAAAUAUUGACUCAAGUGGGUGCCAUACGCAAACAGCUGCAGGCGGCCCGUUUCUAUGAUGAUGUCCAGAACGAACCCGACGAGGAGAACGACGACGAUGACGACGAUUACUGAGCAAUAGCUAACGGCAAUUUUUCAGCUACUUUCGAAAAAUUGUUCACGUUUAGUGUUCCAUUCAGUUUUUUUUUCACUGCACCGACAAUUUUUCACAUGUCACUGUACUUUUGAACUCAUUCCACAUUGUUCCAUUUUGUUUUUCUAUCUAAAACUAUCACCCCCUGAGAUAUUUCUAAUAUGAUAUGAUACCAUGUGCUUCUGCUGUUUCGUACAGCAUCAAAUUUAUACAUUUAAGUCAUAAAGUUUGUUAACGUUUUUACAAAAAUAUAUAUAUACAUAUAAUAA